UUCUAUGAAAUAUCUUUGGCUACUACAAAAGUCAUCUGCCUCUUUGACUUGACAUUUGACAGAUGUCACUUGGUUUGCAUAACUUUUUAUUUGAUUUCCAAAAUACAUCAUGUUCGCGGUCCUAAGGAAUAUACUUUCAUCUCGAGUGGCGACUGGCAGUGGUCAAAUUUCUCGUUUUUCAUCUUUAGCCACAGAAGCACCAAAAGCCACUAAAGCUUCUGAGACUAUCCCUCAAGAACCCAGUUCGAGCGUAGCAUUAGAAAAAGAUAAAUUAUAUACCCGCUUGGAACUUGAACUUCGAGGAAUUGAUCCUGCAGUUUUGAAAAGUUAUUCAUGGUUUGCAACACAAGCGGCAAAUAAUUUGGGAAUUGAAGUCGGAAACUGCUGGGCACCACGUAAAGCACAUCACGACAGGAUAACACUUUUGAAGUCUGUUCACAUUUACAAAAAACAUCGAGUACAAUAUGAAAUCCGAACGCAUUUUCGAUUUCUUAAUUUCCAUAAGCUGACUGGUUCGACUUUGGAUACAUUUUUGGAAUACAUUGAGAGAAAUCUGCCAGAAGGAGUAGCUCUUCAAACUACUAAAGUAGAAAUCCAGGAAAUGCCAGAACAUCUUAGAGAAACUCCACCAUCAGAGUAGAAUUAUUAUUGAAUUCAUUUUAAUGCAAAGUUAUUUUUUAUUUUUACUGUUGCUGAACUGUCAGUUGAUUGUAUUAAAAAUGUUCGUUGUUUAAUAAACAACGGCUAAAAUUAAGAA